UGCUGUGCAAAGCUCGUUGGAUUACUCAACUUCAAUUCGCCCUUUGUCGAGAGUACUGAACUGCUUCCCCGCAUUCACCAUCAGGAAGAAACAGGGAUAAACCUCAACACAGUGGACAGUGUGGAAUCAUUCACAACCGAUAUUCGAUUAGGUCACUGGGAUAAUGUUUUGAACGCCGUACAGACACUUCGAUUGCCUGAUAAAAAGCUAUUUGGCCUGUACGAACAAAUAGUACUCGAACUCAUAGAACUUCGAGAGUUGGGUGCGGCUCGAUCCCUUCUGCGUCAGACUGAUCCCAUGAUACUGAUGAAAGCUGCACAACCAGAUAGAUAUGUACAUUUAGAGAGUAUAUUGGCUAGGCCUUAUUUCGACGCACGAGAAGCUUACCCCGACGGUGUAACGAAAGAGAAAAGGAGAACACAGAUAUCAAAUGAGCUGGCCACGGAAGUCAUCGUUGUACCACCCUCCCGCAUGCUGUCGUUGCUGAGUCAGUCCGUAAAGUGGCAGCACUCCCAGGGUAUUUUGCCUCCUGAUACACACAUAGACCUGUUCAGGGGGAAGGCUGUGGUCACGGAAGCUGAAGCGGAAACUUUCCCGACUCAGAAAGUGAAGACUAUAAAGUUCGGGAGCAAAUCACAUCCAGAAUGUGCUGUGUUUAGUCCUGACGGCCAAUACCUGAUAACGGGUAGUGUGGACGGUUUUAUAGAGAUCUGGAACUAUCACACAGGCAAAAUUCGAAAGGAUUUGACCUUCCAGAACGAAGACAGGUUUAUGAUGAUGGACAAAUCAGUACUUUCCAUUGCAUAUAGUCGCGACAGUGAUAUGCUGGCCACAGCGUCAGUCGACGGCAAGAUAUACAUAUGGAAGAUUGAGACAGGUCAGCUAUUAAAAAAGUUUGAACACGCGCACGGACAAGGAAUUACUUGCGUCCGGUUUAAUCGGGAUAGCAGUCACAUUGCCAGUGCCUCUUUCGAUGGAACUAUAAGGAUACACGGUCUAAAGUCAGGCAAACUCAUGAAAGAAUUCAGAGGGCACACGUCAUUUGUCAAUCACUUCAGUUACUCUCAAGAUUACAGUCAGAUCUACAGCUCCAGCAGUGAUGGUUCCGUGAAGGCGUGGGAUAUAAAAACGGCGACUUGUGUGAUGACGUAUCAACAAGUGUUCGGCCACACGGAGAUCGCGGUCAACUCCGCUCACUUUCUGCCGAAAGAGCCCGCGCACUUUCUUGUAUGCAACAAGAGCCCCACAUUGUACAUCCUAAAUAAAGCGGGACAGCUGGUGAAAACGAUGACACAUGGUAAGGGGCCCUCAGCCGCGUUUGUGGCGUGUGAGGUGUCGCCGCGCGGUGACUUUGUACAUGCACUGGCCGAGGACAAGAGCUUAUACUGCUUCAGUCUGGACACAGGCAGGCUCGAGCAGUCGCUGCCAGUGGCAACCAAAGAUGUGAUCGGUUUAGCCUGCCAUCCCCAGCAGAACAUAUUCGCCACGUGCUCGGAAGAAGGGAAUCUCAAACUUUGGAAACCCUGAUUUGUAUUUGAUACGGUAACAAAGAUCAUCUCCGCCGUAAUAGCCUGUGUGGUUUCAAAUUUCUGUGUUCCAAUCAAGGAAAUAUUCAUACAUGGUGCUCAGUACUUUCAGUGCAAUCGAUAUUGGAUUCUUCAAGCGUAUUUCGAGUGGACAAUCCGGACGGUUUGGCCUUCUGUUGUUGCUGCUCUGACUGCACAAACGCCAUUGUGGUGGUAAUGGUGACUUCGGGCUGGGCUGUAUCGUCGGGUUGGAAAACGAAGUCGCGGGCACAUUUCGGGUCAAGUUCGUCUGCAAAAAAAUAUGUUAAAUUUAGUGCGAUCAACUGGUGGUGUGGCAACCCGGUUACCGAGAUCAGACAGAAAGAUUAACACAUGUAAGCCGAUUUUCACAUGCGAAAAAAAAAUGGGUUGUCCCGCAUACUACUUUUUGCUUCAACCGUUUAUAUAAAAUUGGCUUAUAUUAAAACCAUC